CUUUCCAAUCAUUUUCAGUGGAUUCAUACAAAAGAACUUAUAAACUUUUCACUGGAGUUAAAAGUGUAAAUUUAAUAUUUUGUGCAGCAGUUUGUUACAUUUUUUACACGCGUUGUGCGUGUUACUUAAAUGAUAUAUAUCAGAACUUGUAUCCGUAGACACAAUAGCCCGUAGUCAGUAAUAAGUACUGAAAUUGAAAUUGAUUCGUGGCCGAAAUUGACAAUUGUAUGACAGACAGUCAUUCUCCUUGCUGCCAUUGUAUUUGUACUCUGUUGUUCCUUCGCUCUUUCGGUGUUUUGUGGAAAAAUCGACAAGGAUCUCUUGUACCUGCACCUGCAACUGCAACGAGGUGCUGCAUUAAUAGCGGUUUAAUUUAGUAUUAAAAAUAUAUAUUUUGUGGUCGACAAAAACAACUGUGAAGCUCAAAAUACCCACAUAGAGUUUGUCAUCAAUAAAUUGCCAACUUUAGGAGACGUAGUGAGAGUCAUUUUUUUAAUUAAGUAUACUAUAUCCUAAUAGUACUUUAAACAGAAAAAAAUAAAAUGGCCGAACGUCCAAGUAAUCUUUUUGCAGCUGGAAGUAGCCGUCCUCGCAAUCCGCCGAGUGAAUUGAAUUUGGGCAGUUUUAAUGGUCGCCAACCGCCUUCAUUUUCUUCAACUUCAUCCGGUUCAGCUUCGUCCAAUUUGUCUACAUCGUCAGCCUCCAGUUCCUCUUCACACAAUUUGGUGCAACGAUUUUGUGCGCCACCAGCACCAGCACCAGUAGUGGCACCGGUAGCACCGCCGGUUGCAACAACAAACAACCAAGAACGCACCCGUGAACGCAUAAAACAACAAGCCUGUGGAAAGUUACUCAUCGAUGAAGAAUGCUAUCACUUUACUUCGGAUGAUUUAACUGAUCUUGGUGAGAUUGGUCGCGGUGCUUUUGGCACUGUAAACAAGAUGAUAUUUAAAGCAGGCAAGGUAAUGGCUGUGAAACGCAUACGAUCCACUGUCGAUGAAAAAGAACAAAAACAAUUGUUAAUGGACUUGGAAGUGGUGAUGAAUUCAAACGAAUGUCCCUACAUAGUACAGUUUUAUGGUGCGCUCUUUAAGGAAGGGGACUGCUGGAUAUGCAUGGAAUUAAUGGAUACCUCUUUGGAUAAAUUCUACAAAUACAUUUACGAACGUAAACAACAACGUAUACCAGAGUCGAUAUUAGCUAAAAUUACUGUGGCUACUGUGCAAGCGUUAAACUACUUAAAAGAAGAGUUAUCGAUCAUUCAUCGUGAUGUUAAACCCAGCAAUAUUUUGUUGCAUCGCCGUGGCGAUAUUAAGCUGUGUGAUUUCGGUAUUUGUGGAAAAUUAGUAGAUUCGAUUGCGGAGACCAAGGAUGCCGGUUGCAGGCCAUAUAUGGCGCCUGAACGUAUUGAUCCCGAGCGCGCUAAGGGCUACGAUGUACGUAGUGAUGUCUGGUCGUUGGGUAUAACGCUGAUGGAGGUCGCUACCGGUUUGUUUCCCUAUCCGAAAUGGGAUUCAGUUUUCGAACAGUUGUAUCAAGUUGUGAAAGGUGAUCCCCCACGCCUGCAGACUUCUUAUAAUGGUAUGGAGUUCUCACAGGAAUUUGUAGAUUUUGUGAAUACAUGUUUAAACAAAGAUGAGAGAGAACGACCCAAGUACGGUCCAUUGCUGGAAAUGCCUUUUAUAUUGCGUGGCCAGCGCAGCCACACCGAUGUAGCUGUCUACGUAACGGAUAUUUUAGAGAAGAUGGUCAAAGAUGGCAUAACCGAGUUCACAACAAAUCAGCCGGCUGAAAGUUAAUGGGCAUUCCAGCUAAUGUAUUAAAUGCCAUUUACCGUUUUUAGCAAUGCAGAGCAAUGGUAAUGUGAAAUUUUGAUAGAUUUGAUAGAGGAGUAACGUUAGUAGCAGAAUGGUAUGCAAAUUGUAAGCAAAAUGUGUGUGCGUGAUUAAUUGUUGAGACACCUCCGGUUAGCUGUUGUGUUGCUAAAACAAAAUUUUACGAUGUAUAACAAAAAAAAAGAAAAAUAACGAAGAUUCGAAAAAAAAUAAAAUUAUGUCAAACCAUAUUAUUUAGUGGAAAGUGAAACAUAAAAUAGUACGAUAAGCAAACACUUAGCGCUUUGCAUAAAUGUUAGUCAUAAAUAUUUUGUUGUUUAGAAUUGUAAGAAGAAAGCGUUUAUUUUUUUAGCGAAACGAAAAUAAUAAUAAUUAUUUUUUUGUAUACAAUUAAGUUCAUAUUAGCACUUUUGCAUUGUUAUGUCAUACGUUGCUGUUCAUACUUGUGUUGUAAAUGUAACGCUUUUCUAUAGUCAACAUAUUUUGCGCCUUCGAUUUGAAAAUACAAAUACAAAAAAAAAAAACACACAAAUAAUAUUAAUAAUAAAGACAGAGUAAAUUUUCUAAGAAAAGAAACAAAAAAAAAAACAAAAAGUGAAGUAAAACUAAUCAAAAAAUUAAAAAACGCUGUAAGUAUUUGCAAUAAUACGAAAAUUGCAUUUUAUGUGAAAAUAAUAAUAUUUAACAUUUAUAUACACAUCAAAUAAGGCAAGAAAAAAAAAAAAACAAAACGACAACAUUUACAUACCUACACGCAAGCAUCAAAGUAUUUUAAAUAUGAUAAAAUAAUUGUUAAGAAAUGGGUAGAACUCGUAAAAAUACUAAAGUGAAAAAUAUAAAAUACUGGAUAUUGUAAAAGCAAACAAUAAACUUAAUAAUUAAGUAGAAUAUCGAUAAUGAAAUGUAAAAUGUGUAGAGUAUUGCAAGAAUCAGGGUUGCAAAUAUUUUUUUCUUACAAAAUUUUCGUAUUUAAAAAUAGAUUUUCAACAUUCCGAUUUUGAAAAUCUUAUUUUUAAUACAUGGUGUUGGAAUUACAAAUGCAAUUUAAAUUCUUCUUAAUUAAUAAAUUUUUAUUUUUAAUUUUUAAAUUCCUUUUUAUUUUUAAUUGUUAAAUUCUUUUUUAUUUUUAAUUUUUAAAUUCUUUUUUAUUUUUAAAUUUAAUUUUUAAGCUUUUCUUAAUUUUAAUUUUUAAAAGUUUUAAUUUUGAUUAAAUUUUUUUUUUUUAAUUUUAAUUAAUGUAUUUUUUUUAUUUUCAAUUUACAUUUUUAUAUAUGUAUGCAUAUUUUUUAAAUUUUAGUUUUUUAAAUAAUAAUUAAUACUAAAAUUACCUAAAAUAUUUUUGUUUUAAUUUUAAUUAAUCAUUUUUUAAUUUUAUUUUUUUUCAAUGCUAUUAAAAUUAAGUGUAAUUAUUUUAAAUUUUAACAAAAAUUUAUUUUAGUUAAAAAAAUAAUCCCAAAAUCCGUAUUAAAUAAAAAAUAAAAACAAAUAUUAAAGAAAUUUUUUGCAAAUUAAACAAAAAAAUGAAUUUUAAUCCGUUUUUUGGGAUUAUUUUUCCAAUCGUUUUUAGGUAUAAAAAAUUAUAUUUAAUCAAUUCUAUGUUUAUUUCAAAUGUGAAUUCAAUUAUAUUUUAACGCAUAAAUUGCAACCCUGAUUGCAAGCAUGCAUAAUUAUGACAUUACACAAAGAAUAAUUAAAAUUUAUCUUUAAAGUGAAAAUAUGCCGUAAAAAUUAUACAAUUAAUUUAAGCCAAUGUGAAAUGUUCAAUCAUAAGCAAUAAUUGCGCGCUAUUUUUUUAAGUGCAUGUAUAAUUAUAAGAUACGAACCGUAGUUGACCCAACAAUGCAGCAGCAAAUAAGCCAUAUGAGUGUGCUACUCACACAAUACAUACAUACAAGCCAAUUUAGGCCAAACACACAGCACGUAAUAUUUCUUUGAAAAUACAAAAAAUAAAAAUAAAAACAAAUAGCAAAUAUAAGUUAAAAUUAAAGAAUCAACAUAAAAAAUAAGCUAACCUAGAAAUUUUGUUAAAAUUAGUAGUGGCUUGUGAAUAUACAUACAAACAUACACAAUUACAUGUGGUAGUUACAGUAGCAUAUCCCAAAUAGUAGCCGGCAUACAAAAUUUACUAGUAAACACUAUAUAAAAAUGAAAUAAAAUACAAUAAAUAAAAGUAAAUAUAAAAGAGU